AUGGGCUAUGGGCAGGAGAGACGCCACCACCACAGUCGAGCAGAGACGCUGAAGGGAGAAGUCAGAUGGAAGUUCUAUGUGGUGAAAGUGGGGAAGACCUGGGAAGAAGCUCAGCAGUACUGCAUAGAGGAGUUCACUGACCUGGCCACCAUAGACAACAUGACAGAGUUGGAGAAAGUUAAGAGAGUGAUCAAGAAUGCAAAUGUUCCGGAUGAUUGGUCGGCCUGGAUUGGGCUGAAGAAUGGGGGCAGUCCUAAGUGGCAGUGGUCUCUGGCUGAUGAGGGGUUCUAUGGAGAGAAUGAGGCUGAGUUCUGGAACUGGGAGACAAACUCCACACAGCCCUAUGUGCUGGUUGAAGAAGGGAAGAACUGGACAGAUGCUCAGAGAUACUGCAGAGAGAAUCACACCGACCUGGCCAGCGUGAGGAACCAGACAGAGAACGACAAGAUCAAAGACCUAAUUACGGGAGGAAAUGAUUCCUAUCCCUGGAUCGGCCUGUUCAGAGAUGCCUGGGAGUGGUCAGAUGGCAGCAGCUCCUCCUUUCGUCACUGGGCCUCUACAGAACCCAACUUUGGUAGCAAUAAAUCUACAUUCCGUGCACGGAUGAAGUCCAGUGGGCUGUGGAACGAUGUAGGCGAGCAGCAUGAAGCUAACUUCAUCUGUUAUGAAGACAAGUAUAUCCUGGUGAAGGAGCAAAAGACCUGGAAGGAGGCUCUGGAGUACUGCAGAGAGCACCAUGAGGACCUGGUGUCUGUGUCCUCUGAGCAGAUCCAGCGCUGGGUGGCGGGGUGGGCCAAAGGAGCUUCGACUCCCUACGUGUGGGUGGGCCUGCGCUACUCCUGCAACUUGGGCUUCUGGUUCUGGGUCAGUGGAGAAAUAAUCUGCUACGACAACUGGGCCUCUGACCAAGAGAGAGAUCGGGGCUGUACACACAAGGUGGGGGCAGUCAAUCGAAAAGGGGGCAAGUGGGUCAGCUUUGAAGAGAAUGCCGAACACAACUUCAUAUGCACCAAGGAAGGCCAGUGGAACUGA